AUGAGCUCUUCAAAAUGUGUAUCCACCAGAGUGGCAGCAUUCGUUCUGUACCUAAUACCAGUGGUAUACUCCUUCCUGGUGGUCGUAUUUGGGCUCACAGAGUAUGAGCAGAAAAAAACAUGCAACCUGUUAGUGUUGUGUGUGCUUUACGGAGUUGUAAUAAUUUUAAUUUGCUCAGUUGGCUGCUAUGGAAUCAUCACUGAAAAUGCCACCUCCAUCAGAUCUACAAUUAUCCUUUUAAUUGUGAACAACAUUAUUAUGACCAUGUUAAUAACUUUCCUGUUGAUUGAUAUUUUAAAUUUCCCCCACGUGGUGACCGUUCAUAGAGCCUCCAGAUUUUUGCAGUUCGUAGUGCAAGACAAAAAGAUAGGCUUAGCUUUCUGCUCCCUUGUCUACGUACUGAUUUUUUUUUCCUUUUGUUUUAUGUGGACCGUUGGGGAUUACUUAGCUCAGCUAGAUGCUAAAUUAUGUUUGGAUGAUUUGAGGUAUUCGCAUGACCGCAUGCAGCAGAAGAAGAAAAAUCCCACAAAGCUCCUCGGGGAUGAAGGCGAGUUCUUGAUCAAGGUGUAA